UCGCGACGACGCUCAGUUUGCAUUUGCGCGCGCGUCCUGUCGGCAGGCCGAUUGCCAAAUUUUCCUUAGAAAUUUCUAUUGUGAAACUUCCGGUUUCACGAUAGAAUAAAACCUGUUGAACGAAAAAGAAAGAAAGAGAGAGAGAGAGAGAGAGAGAGAGAGAGAAGAGACAGUGCGGGGUUUGCUCCGACUUGAAAACGUGCGUCGCGACGCGUGCGAAAGAGCCGACGAUAAUUUCGAAAUCGCGCCGGCCGGACGAUUCUUCGGAAGGAAGAAAAAUUCAAAACCUUUUUUUUUUUUUACAUUUAAAUCAACCGGCUGAUCGAUGUGCGGGACAGACCGCUGAUAAGAGCGUCACUACUUUUGAGAUAGAAAAGACACGUUUUCUACGCGUGAAGCUGUUACAUACACACACACACGAAUAAAUUCGGCGAAUUCGAUUUAUCUCUUGAUCGCUUUCUCUUUCUGGAAUUUCGCGCACGUGUUUAUCGUGGCUUUGCGGUGGGGCGAGAGCAACUCGAUAUCUCGGGACUUUUAUCGCCGAGCGUGUACGAGAGAAACCGCACACAUCGCGAUAUUCUGUUGAAUCAUCGGCGACUGCGAGGAGAAGACCGGGUGCCGCAUUAUAUUUCGCCGACGUAUCUCUCAUCGAGGGCCAAUUUGAAAUUUCGAUCGAGGCCCGCUUCGUAUCGGGCGUCGCGCGGCAUCGUGAUCGAUAAAUCGUGUCACGCGCGUUGACCAAACUGGAGAAAGCCACUUGAGAUGCAGAGCGACAGUUAAGUCGAUCCGCUUGCCGAAAGAUCGACGAAACGGUCCCGUUGCCGGCAGAUGGUACCUAGGUGGUUUUAAAAGAUUUACGCGAGCUCUGCGAAGCUACGGGAGACACGCGUCCUUGUGUCGAGGAUGUCGCCGUACGAGGAGAAGAUAUCGCCGACGUCGUGCACUACGUUGAACAGAAUGAACGACGCAAAAUCGGCGACGAAGAAGAGGACCGCAAGCGACGGAUCGAUGAAGAUCGAAGAUCAGGAAUUGGUGAAACAUUAUGAGGACAAUGAAGAUUCGACUGAGGCCAAGAUCGAAUACGUACCGAGAAUCAAAUGGCCGGAUCUCGCAGCGCAAAUUUUUAUACACGCCGGUUGCAUUUAUGGAUUGUAUUUGGUGUUCACGCAGGCGAAGUUGCUCACAACAUUGUGGGUGUUUGUUACAAUUUAUACAUCGGGCUUUGGCAUUACCGCUGGCGUCCACCGACUAUGGUCGCAUAAAGCUUACAAAGCCAAAUGGCCCCUGCGUCUGCUUCUAGUCUUCCUCUUCACGAUAACAGGACAGAGAGACGUGUACACAUGGGCGUUGGACCACAGGGUGCAUCACAAGUACUGCGAAACCGACGCGGACCCCCACGACGUCAGGAGAGGUUUCUUUUACGCUCACGUGGGGUGGCUGUUCAUAACGCCUCAUCCCGACGUCGUCGCCAAGCGUAACGCGAUCGACAUGAGCGAUCUGGAAGCGGAUCCCAUAAUUAUGUGGCAGAAAAGGUUGUACGUACCUCUGUUUGCGCUUCUGGCCAUCGGACUGCCGGUGAGCAUCCCGUGUUACAUCUGGUCGGAGUCGCUGUGGGUCUCCUUCUGGGUGAACUUCAACCUCCGCUUUUGCGUGAAUUUAAACAUAGCCUUCUGCGUAAACAGCGUGUCGCACUUGUGGGGUCAGAAACCCUACGAUAAAAACAUCUCGCCGGUGGAGAAUGUCGCGGUGUCGGUCGCGGCGCUCGGCGAGGGAUGGCACAAUUAUCACCACGUGUUCCCGUGGGAUUACAAAACGAGCGAGCUGGGCGACUACUCGUUCAAUCUCACCACCGGCUUCAUCGAUUUCUUCGCGCGGAUCGGAUGGGCCUAUGAUCGAAAGUACGUCACGUCGGCGAUGGUACGUCGUCGAGCGAUACGCAGCGGCGACGGGACGCACGUCUGGGGUUACGGGGACACCGACAUCGUGAAAGAGGAUCUGCAGGAGUUGGACACGAUGGACGAUCAUGAAUUAUGAGACUGCGAGCUUACUCUUACAAUUAGAUAGACCGAGAAACGCGACGAGGAACAACGAUUCCUUGUCCGCGUGUCGUACGCGGACCACAUUCAAAUCUCUCGUAGAUAAAUUAGAAUAGAACGAACAAAUACGGAAAUUUGCGACUCCGGGAAGAAAGUAUUUAUGUUGUAACGUUCUGUAUAUAGAACGUCUUAAUUGCAAAGUAAAUUGAAUGUGGUUGGAAAUGCAAUGAUUUUUGAUCGAAAGAUAUUAUAAAUAAACAGAGAGACUGUUCUUAUAAUAAAACAAAAUCCAUCAUAACAAUAUUAAAAUUUACAUGUUUACAAAAAAUGCGCAUUCGUUACUUAUUUCGUGAAAUUCGUAAUGUUAAAUUGAAACAGUAAAAGAACUUUGAGUGUGUACGUUUUCUUCGUAUUUCAUUUAUUAUUUAAAACACAAGACAUAACCGUUUUAUUGGCAUCGUCGUGAAGAUAUCCGUGGCAAGUUAAAGCUUGUACAUACGUAUAAUCGCGAAAAGCCAUUCGUUCGCAAUAGAAGAGAUUAGUGUGUUCAACUCUAAUAUAUAUAUAUAUAAUAUUAUACAUAAUACAUAAUAUAUAUAUAUAUA